CAUACCUACGCGACUUUUUAGAAGGUUCCCUUCCGUCCCACAGAUCUCGGGUUCUCUGAAAUAAAGCGUUUCCAGAAUAUGAAUAUAACAAUCUUUUUUCUUUUGUUUUAGUUAGUAUCUGUGUGGUGAAUGUGAGCAGAAAAUGUUUAUGCCGAGUUCGCUAAAGCUCAAGAGAGCCCCCGAGUCCCAUCAGCAGAACCCCAAGAGAAGCAAAACGACACUUGAAGACACUGUUUCUACAUCUCCAUCUGACCUAGACACAGUUUCUACAUCUACAUCUGACCUCUGUCCUCCAGACGAGACUGUGAAUAUUGAACCAGAGGAGGAAUCCGACCAGAUAGAGUCUGAUGAAGAGGAGGAACCAGUGAAGUCCUUCAAGAAGAACCAGAGAUGGCCAGAGCCAGGAGAACCUGUGUGCGUCAUGUGCGGUCGAUAUGGAGAAUACAUCUGCGAUAAAACUGACAAUGAUGUCUGUAGCCUGGAGUGUAAAGCCCGUCACCUGGCUCAAAUGUGCUUGGGUUUUGGCGAGAAGGUCUUUUCUAAAGACCCACAGGAGGGUUCAAAGACCUCUAAUGCGUCAAACACUGACGCUGAGAGUUACUCUUACAAAGAGGACGUUUUCAUAUCUGAACUGACUGAGGAGCAGGUUAAGAGAGUUAAAACAGAGCUGGCAAUAGUGACAGCUGGCAGUGAGGUCUGUAGACCCAUUAUUGAGUUCGAACACUGUAACUUUCCCACAGCACUCAGACUCAACCUGAAGAAGGCUGGUUAUGAGGCACCCACUCCCAUCCAGAUGCAGAUGGUCCCUGUGGGUUUAACCGGCAGAGAUGUGAUCGCCACUGCAGACACAGGCUCUGGGAAGACAGUUGCCUUCCUUCUUCCAGUGGUAAUGCAUGCACUCCAGAGCCAAACUGCUUCUCCGUCUCGUCCCACGUGUCUCAUCCUGACCCCGACGAGAGAGCUGGCCAUCCAGAUAGAGCAGCAGACCAAAGAGCUGGUGAUGGGUCUGCCCAACAUGAGGACUGCCCUGCUGGUGGGGGGGAUGCCUUUACCUCCUCAGCUGCAUCGACUCAAGCAGAAGAUCAAGAUUGCAAUAGCCACUCCAGGACGCAUCAUUGAGAUUGUGAAACAGAAGGCUAUAUGGCUGGAUGAUGUCAGGGCUGUUGUGGUUGAUGAGGCAGAUACCAUGCUGAAGAUGGGAUUCCAGCAGCAGGUUCUGGAAAUUUUGGAGCACGUCCCUGAAGAGCAUCAGACGUUGUUGACGUCAGCCACCAUUCCCACAGGAACGGAACAGCUAGCGGCUCGUCUUACCCGCGACCCUGUGAGCAUAACCAUUGGACAGAAGAACCAACCCUGCGCCAACGUCCGGCAGAUAGUCCUCUGGGUGGAGGAGCCGUCAAAGAAAAAGAAGCUUUUUGAGAUUUUAAAUGACACAAAGCUCUACCAGCCGCCAGUAGUUGUGUUUGUAGACUGCAAACUUGGGGCCGAUCUGCUGUGUGAAGCUGUGCAAAAGGUCAUGGGAUUAAACGUAGUCGCCAUCCACUCGGACAAGACUCAGUGGGAACGCAACAAAAUAGUAAAGGGUCUACUUGAGGGCCAGUUUGAAGUGGUGGUCAGCACUGGGAUUCUUGGAAGAGGACUUGACUUGGUCAAUGUUAAGCUGGUAGUGAACUUUGACAUGCCAGCUAACAUGGAUGAAUAUGUUCAUCAGAUUGGUCGAGCUGGUAGACUGGGGCACAGAGGCACCGCCAUCACCUUCAUGAAUAACAACAGCAAACGGCUCUUUCUGGACAUUGUGAACCGAGUGAAGCCCACCGGCUCCUUACUGCCGCCACAACUCCUCAACUCCCCCCAUCUGUUCGAACAGCAGAGGAAAGCCAAACAGAGGAGUCACCGUGGAGAGGACGACGUCAUCGGAACCAAAAGCAACCUCAUCGACAUCAUCAGGAAGCACGACAAAAGAUCUGCCAGGAAAUAACUAGCAAAUGGAUUUAUUAUUAAAAGGUUUUAUUGUUGUAAUUUGUGUUUUCAAUAAAUGCCACAAGAAGUGAAA